CUGCAGUGAGGCAACCAUUCUUAUACGAAUAUUCUGCCAUGCCUACUUUCCUAACCUCAAAGUUUGCGGUAAAAAUAAUGAAGAAAAAUGAUAAAUAUUAGGCCAAUACUUGUGUGAUUGUCUAUAAUCUAUUACCUUCAGUUCUGGUGUUAAAGCAAAAAUACAAAAUGAGUGUAGCAAGUACUGAUAGUUCUGAGGAAACUUCCAAUGCACAGGAUAUGAAGGAUGAAGAUUUUAAUAUUGAUGAUUACCGUAAAGAUCUAGGUAGCGAUGAUUCUUCUGCUGAUGUACCAGAAACAAAUACUAGCGUUAAGCAUCAUUUUGAAAAUAACGAAGACAAAGAAGAUGAACAAUGCAGAAAUGACUACAUAGGCCCAGUACUUCCUGGAGGACAUAGAUUUGACAAGAAGUUUAUUUGCAUUAAAUACCCUGGAAAUGUUGUUAAUCCAGAAAGGGCUAUACAGACAUUGGGUGGAAUGAGCGUCAUUUCCACGGCAGUAAAUACACCAAACCGACGUUUGGAAUUAAAGUUCAGACCAGAUGAUGCUUUUUGUAAACCGACUUGUGGUGAUAGAUAUGUGACCAAAGGAUUUUUACUUAGAGUUAGAGUUAAAAAGUCUAGAGCGGAACAAGUAGAAAAAGCUGAAGGUAAACAAACAAACAAAAAUAUAGGUUUAAGUAAUACGCAGGGUAACAAAGUGCAAAAUGAGAAUGCAAGUAGAGUGCAAGUACCAGAAACAGAAGUUAUGGAUACUGACAAAAUUGAAAAGGAAGAAGAAGUUAUAUCUGGGUUAGCUGAUCAAGUACAGAGUUGCAGUGUUAAUAAUGAGGAAGAUGCUACUGAUCCUCCACAGCCUACUGCACAAAAGAUUAAAAAAGACAUACCGCCAACAUUUGAUCGAAGUAAAUUCGAAGAUCUCUCUAAAGAUGAGGAGUACAAGUUGCCAAAAUUGAAGGUUUUAGGAUGGGUUGACAUGGAAUUCAAAUUUACAAACCUUUGUGAUUACCAAUACUUACCAAUGACUCCAAGUAAAGAGAAUCCUAAGAAGUUAGAAUAUAUAUACGACAAGAUACAUCCAAGUAAUAUACCACGAUAUUCUUGGUUGAAGAAUGAUGCACCUUAUUUCCUGCCACCAGCAGCAUUCAGCCGAAUGGACACAAUUCAGCAAUAUGUGCCAAGAACAGAAACAUCUUCAUGUCCAGACAAUAUAAUAGGGAAGAGUACAAAACGAAAGGCAGGAUUUUCAAACUUCAUUUACUUUUCAACGCCCGAAGUUCCUUCCAAGCCACCAGCUGGUAUAGAAACUGCUAUGAAAGUGAAGUUUGUACAGAACACGCAUUACCAACAGAUACGUAAAUUAUUUGAAGAGCGACCAAUUUGGUCGAAAAGUGCAGUGAUUUAUCAAACGAAAUUUUCUCAUGAUCGUUUGAAAAUUUUAUUACCCUCUGUGGCAUAUUACUUCAUGACUGGUCCAUGGAAGAUUAUGUGGGUAAAAUUGGGCUACGAUCCGAGGAAAGAUGUUGCUGCAAGAAAAUAUCAGACCUUGGAUUACAGAUUGAAAUCUAUGCAUGGCUUGGGCUCUACUGUAAAAUGCAAGAGAAAUUACUCAGAGUAUACCUUGCCAUACAGGUCAACACCAGUUGGAAAACAAAAGGUAGUUUCUAGUGGAGUCUCAACGUCGGAACAAGUCAGUAGAAAAGAGUUAGACAUGCAUGAAAAUGUCUAUAUAUACAGGCAUGGAAUGGUACCUCCAUCGAGGCAAAUGUUCUACCAGUAUUGCGAUGUUCUGGUAGAUGAAAUACAAGAAAUGUUAGCCAAGUUACCUGAUCCCUUACCUUCUACAAGGUGCCAUGAGAAACGAGGGUGGUUACCAAUUGGUUUUGACGCACAAUGUAGGGAAAUUAUUAAUAGACAAGUUCGAGCUGUCUUAAGGAAGCAAAUGAACAUACCUGAUGAUUAUCCUACAGAUAUUCCUAAGCAAAGAGCCAAACGUGGAAUGAAAAUGAAGUUUAGCAAACUCAAGGCCAGAAAAAGGAGAAAAAAGAAUGAACCUAACGCGGAGGAAGGGAAGGAAGAAAUCGAUGAAGUUAAACCAAGUACCAGCACAGCAGACAAUUAGUGAAAUUUUAUAUAUAGCUUUGGACGAACGUUGUUGAUCACGUUCUCCAGAUUUGAUAAAUAAAUAUGAAACGAUUAUUUAUGACCUAAAGUUUAUUCGUAAUUGUGUACAAAUUAUCAGCCGAAUUUCUAUUAAUAAAUACGUUUACACCUUAA